GUGGAGCUGAUACACUAUUGUGAAGUGUUGCGUGAUUGCAUGCCAUGUAACAUGCGCAUAUUUACGUUGCACGAGAAUUUGGCGCCGGCAUUAACACAACAUAAUUCCGCCUAAUUUGUACAAGGACAAUAUAAAUUCUUAUAGUUGAAUGCUCAUUAGAACAUUUUUGUUGGUAUUUCACGAGUAAGAUGGAUAAAGAAAACGUGUACAAAAGAAAUAACGCUCAAUUUUCAAAAUCCGAUGAAGAGAACGACUGCGAUGUAGUACACACUUCACAGCCAACAGCGAAAAAACUUAAACAUGCAAUGGAACCAAUCAAUGUCAAUCCCGGUCAAACAGAAUCGUACAAGGAUCAUCAAAAACAAAUCAACGAUUUUGUUGAUAAUUUAGACGAUUUCUUUGGUGAUGACGAGGAGGACGAAUUAGGGCUACACUUGGAAAGUCCGAAAGAUGAGAAUGCUGAUAGAAUUGUUGCAAUUUUAUUUAAAAUUGCAUGUACUUUUUUGCAGCUGUAUAUGCUUGAUUUAAGUAACUGGAAGAGAUGCAAAAUCACGUCCGUACUAAACGAAACCCAGUCUAUUACCAUAGUGGUGGAAGAACAAAAUAGUGGUUCGAAAGCGAAAUGCAUCGUACAGGCACCAUGGACUUCAUUGCGAUUUUUGGAAGGAGAUUUCGUAUCGCUGAAUGGAAGUUACGAUCGUGCCACUAAUUCAUAUCAUAUAAACAGUCAGGAUGGGAUGAUUGUUACCCAUCCGGAUAAUCUGGUAUCCGGAACAACUGUCGUGGGAGCACUAUAUUGUCAGCGUCGAGGUGUACUACAGGAGCGCUUCCGUGGCAUUGACACAGAUAGCAAAAUAAUGACCAUUGGAACAAUAAUCCACGCAUUACUACAAAAGACAUUGAGGAACAAGAUAACUGAUAUUAUGGACAUAAUUCAGUUGGGCGAAGAAUACAUCAAUUCAAAGGAAAUGGCGUCAACACUUUUUGCAUGCCAAAUGAGCAGAGCAGAGGCCGCGAAAGAAGUUGAACAGUUUUAUCCCAAGAUUCAUGAUUUCUUGAAAAAACAUUUCCAUAACCAGCCGUCUAGUUACAAAUCAGAUCUACAGAUUCACUCAAUAAAGGACAUUGAAGAGAACAUUUGGUGUCAUCAGCUUGGAUUGAAAGGAAGGAUUGACGUAACUGUUGAAGCCAAAUGUGACGAACGAGACCGAAUCCAAACAAUGCCUUUGGAGUUAAAAACAGGUCGAGCAAGCUUUUCUGCCGAACACAAAGGACAGAUCGCAUUAUACGAAAUGAUGAUGAACCUUGUUGGUCAUCACGUAGAGAAAGGGAUUCUACUGUAUCUUCGCGAGGGCAAAUGUGCUCCAGUCUCGAGCAAUCGUAACAUUAGGCGUGAUUUGAUCAUGCUACGUAAUGAGGUAGCCUAUUACUUAUCAAGAGGGCUUUCAAACACUAGCAGCGAAACGUUUGAUAUAUCUAAAGAUGUACUACCAUUACCAGCUCCGCUAAACAAUCAACAUGUUUGUUCGCGCUGUCCUUACAGUGUGAUUUGCACUGCCUUUUUGAAGACUGAAAAAAUAGAGCUUCCUGAAGGGCAUUCUAUCAAAUUAAUUGCAGCGGAAUCUUUGCGUCAUUUAACUGACGCACACAUUGAUUAUUUCAUUCGAUGGGUUGGUCUUAUUUUUUUGGAAGAUGAACAAGCAAAACGAAGUUCCCAAAUAAAACAUCUAUGGACCAAAAGCCCUGCCGACCGUCACAAAACUGGGCGUGCUGCUAUCAAUUUAAAACUAGUCGGAAGAGUUUUUAGAGCAGGUGACGAAUGCUUUCACACGUUUGCACUGGAGUCAAAUCAGAAUGACACAAAUAACGACUAUCAGAUACAAGCACCUUACUAUCUUUCACAGUAUUUCGAAGUGAACGAAUAUCUUAUAUGUAGUACCAAUACAAGAAUCGCUGUCGCAGCUGGUCGUGUAGUUGGAGUAGGGAAAGGAGAAGUCACUAUGUCUCUAGAGCGAGACCUGAGUCAACAUUAUUCACAUGAACUUUUCCAUUUGGACAAGUAUGAAUCUCAUUCUUCGACGACAUUCAAUUUGACAAACAUCGGAGUACUUUUGGAUAACACUGAACGGUCUGAAACUCUAAGGCGAAUCAUAAUAGAUUGCGAAAAACCAACCUUCACUCGAACUGUUCCUGUGGAAGUGGCAUCGCCGGCAAAACAGAUCUUACAAGAUCUUAACAAACAACAAAAAAUUGCAGUUCUGACAGCCAUUGGUACAAAAAGUUUUUGUCUGUUCAAAGGACUUCCAGGGACGGGAAAAACAAAAACAGUUAUCGCGCUCAUACGUCUGUUAGUGGCUAUGGGUAAAACCGUGCUCAUUACUAGUAACACCCACUCUGCCGUUGAUAAUGUGCUCAAACGUUUGAUUCCUCACAAUAUCAAAUUUUUACGGCUAGGUGUCUCUUCCAGGAUAGAUCCAAACCUGAAAGAUUUUUCAGAAGAUACAGUGACACAACAUUGUUCAACGCCAGAACAAAUUACUGCUGUAUACGAUUCGUUUAAAGUGGUCGGAGUUACUUGUUUGGGCUCCGGUCAUUCGAUGUUGGUUCAAAGGCGUUUCGAUUUCUGCAUUGUAGACGAGGCAACGCAAGUUUUUCAAUGCGCUGUACUAAGACCGUUGUUGUUUUCCGAUAGAUUCGUUUUAAUCGGUGACCCCGAUCAGUUACCUCCAGUAAUAAUAUCACGCAAAGCCAAAGAACUUGGAGCUGAAGAAAGCCUUUUCUUUCGACUGGACACCGAUCAGUCGUGCUGCGUUCUGCCAACUCAAUAUCGCAUGAAUAAAACCAUCACUAGACUGGCCAAUGACUUCUCCUACAAGGGGAAACUAUUGUGUGCCAAUGAAGCAGUGGCAAAUGCUACACUAAAGCUUCCACGCGUACAAAUCAUGCAACAAAAGCACAAACUAGAAAAGUGGCUUUUGAGAGCCACCGCUUCCCAGUUGGAGUUGUCGGUUGUGCUGAUAAACACAUUAAACACUUUUAAAAGUAGUAAGGCGUUUGACACCGGCCGCAAAAGAAAGUAUACCUAUAAUCCGAAAGAUGAGCACGAGGAAGAAACGGCAUCGAAGGCGAUUUAUGAAAACUAUUGUGAAGCUGCCAUUGUGUUUUAUACUAUCAUGGCCCUAAUCGAGUGUGGCCUUGAAGGUAGUUCAAUUGGUGUGAUUGCCCCUUUUAGAGCACAAGUUGAAUUGCUGCGGUACUAUCUUCAAUUGCUUAAGAAACUCUAUGAAAAUGAAAACGAAAAUACACCUAGAGAUUUGGACAUUGAAGUAAACACUGUCGACCAGUACCAAGGAAAAGAUAAAGAUGUUAUACUGUAUUCUUGUACAAGAUCGAUCAAUCCUGAUUUACCAUCCCAAAAUGAAGCUACUGCCAGCGAAUACGAGAUCCUACAAGAUAAUAGGCGAUUGACAGUGGCAAUAACACGCGCUAAGAAAAAACUGAUUAUCGUAGGCGACACGCAAAGCCUUGAAGUGUAUACUCCAUUCAGUAAUCUCUUCCGGAGUAUUUCCGCUGCGGGCAAAAUCACACUGCAGGACCGAUCUUUCGGGUUUGAUUGGACUGGUGUGUUCAACACCCUUGAUGCACUUCAUGACUGUGAAAAAUAAAUUACUAGUUUGAAAGAU